UCCUGCUCACUAGUACUUGCCAGUUGGUCUGAUGACUGCGAAGAUGCCUUCAACCUAUAUGUGCCUCUUCUUCCUCGUUCUUCUAGGAGUCUCUAAUGCAGACAACAUCAAUAGUUCCUUCAGUCUCUCUGAUGAAACCCCUUCAACAACUGCUAUUACAAGCGAGGCCAUAAACAGGACAGAUAGUUUCAGCCUUAACGCCAGCACUCCGAGAAAUAACGCCGAGGUGGAAACAGCUGAAACGCAAACAGCAGCAGCACCAACAGCAACAACAAGAGCAGCAACAAGAGCAGCAACAACAGCAGCACCAGCCAGUCAGACCACAUCGAAAGUCACCACCAGGCCGAGCUUCAUGAGCACCACCACCGCAGCACUAAAAACUACCAAGUCCAUUGCUCCUGUUUCCAGGCGAGCAUCUACCACCAAGAGUACAGAAUACAAAAAGAAUAACAGCCAUUAUGGAUAUGUGAUUUUAGUUGUUAUCAUAAUUGUCAUCUUCAUCGUGAUACUGAGUUUCUUCAUUUGCAAUAAGAAAAAGCAAUAUUCGCUUAAUUCCCAAAAUGCACCCCAAGAGGAUACUGGUAUCCCAUUAAAUGCUAUGGAUCAAGAGGCCUUUGAAUCUGUGUCACCUAAAGAGCCGAAAACAAUUGUCACCAACGAGACAGAGGCUGCUCCUGAGAGACCCAAAUCGGAGGCUGGAGGAGAGAAGCCAGAGGAAGACAAAAGGAAUCCAGCAAAUUCCACCGGGAAGGACAGCACCAGCUCCCAAGCACACCUGAUCAGCACUGACAUGCCUGAGGAGCGGCUGCUGAAUGUGAAGCAGAUGGACACAGAUGUCUCUAACCAGACCUCUGUGGAGUCCCUGAAAGACCAAAUGGUUGAGAACAGCAAAAGCAACACAGGGAAUGCCAUUGCCACUGAGGUGCCCACUGUCAGGGAGCAGACUGACAGCUUCUCUGAGGUCCAGCUGAAUGAGCCUGUAUAGACACUGUCCAUCCAGGGACUGCCUCAAGACGAAUUAUGAAAUGAAGCCUGAAAGACCAUGCCAAAUGGAAACCACACCAAAGUGCAAGCAUGUCUGAGGGCCAACAUCCCACAAGACGUCCCUUGGUCAAGGGGAUAUGCCACAGUUAUUUCAACACAUUGCCAUUUCAUGCAAUCCCCUAGCAAGACUUUAUUUCACUUCUGUGUCCCUGCUUGAUUAUGCAAAAGUAGAUUUCAAAGCUUAAAUCUUAAAGCCAAAGGCAGGGCAUUUAUGAGUGAGGAAGUUCUUGAAGACCCCACAAAAGGCCAUUUCUGAACAGUAUUAAUGAUGCUUCGCCUGCUUUUGCAACCAUAUUCAUUUAAUGCAGCUUUUUAAACCUGAAAUAUUAUCAGUGACCCAGUAUUUAUAAUUUGUUUUUUUUCCAACUAAAAUGUAUUAAAUCAUGGUUUCCCACAAUUUAUCAUGUC